GGCUUUCCAGAGUGCUAGGAUUAUAGGCGUGAGCCACCAUGCUCCGCCUAGUCUCUACCCUUUUGAAAUAAAAUGCUGACCACGAAUUUUCCCAGUAGAUAUCUUUUAAAUUUUUUCUUCCCAUAAUAAUGUGAUGUUGUUUUGUGAUUGAUUGUCUUUAUUGAACUCUACAUUUUAGAGUCUGUAGUUACAGUUUAGCUGAAGCUUUGUUCCUAGUUGAUGAACAACUAAACAUUUCUUAACGUGUUUGAGUCCUGAAUAGCACAGUUUUGUGUGAAAACCAAAAGUAGAAAUAAUUAAAGUGAAAUGCGCAUUGUAAAUAUGUGACAAUAGCCUGAGUAUAAAAGAGUAUGUCUGGGACAACUGGCUAUGGAGGUGGAAACAAUUUGCAUUUUGGUGAGACUAAGCAAAAACUUAAGUAGCUUGAACAGUAUUUCUGGGUUCUUGUUCAUUUUCUGCAAAUUGAGUUGGAUAACACUUUCAAGAUUGGCUGAAAUUAAAAAAAAAUCUUAUGAAUAUCCUAGUUUCUAACUUACAGGAAGUGGAUAUUUUUUAUGUACUGUAAUUCUUGCUCAAAACCUUUGUGGUGUGAAGAUUCAUGUUUGAGGAAUUUAAGACUAUUAGAAAAACAGAUAUCGGGGGAACUGAUGUAAAUUCUCUUAAGUAUACAUACUCCCCCCGCAAAUUCACUAAAAUGAAACAGGGACAGUAAGUUAAGAGAAUGUCAUAUCUUAAAUUAGUAAUGAUGAAUGCAGUCCAAUUUUUUUGUUUGUAAAUGUUUUUGACAGUGAUACUGUGGAAAAACAAGAACUGUUUUUCCUCCAUUCUCAUGCUACACAACAACAAUCAUCAACAUCGAAGACUUUUGUGACCAAAUGUGUGUGGGAGGGUUCCCCCACCAACAAGCAAUCAGUCACUUCAGCAGCGAACACUAGCUGGGUGUGCUCUAAUUCUAUUCUGACAUUAUCUACCUAGAGAUAGCCUAGAGGUUGUGGGCUCAGUCCCCAGGAAUGCCCCCUACUUCACACACUAGUUGCAGGUCUGAGCUUUCAGAACUUUUGGCCUAUCAGCUUCAAGUUGAAGUUCCUGUGACUCCCUCUUUGGGUUCAGUAAUUUGCUAGAGCAGCUGACAGAACUCAGGGAAACACUUAUGCUUAACAGUUUAUUAUAAAGGUUAUUAACAAAGGAUAGAAAUGAGAAAUGCAUAGGGUGAGGUAUGGGGGAAGGGCGUGGAACUUCCAUAUUCUCCUUGGGCACACACAUGCCACCCUCCAGGAACCUCCAGGUGUUCAGCUAUCAGGAAGCUCUACAAACCCAGUCUGUUUGGGUUUUAUAGAGGCUUAAUUAUGUAGGCAUGAUUGAUUAAACCAUUGGCCAUUGGUGAUCAACUUCAACCCCUCUCCUUUCCCUAAAGGUUGGGGGAGUGAGGCUAAAAGUCCCAACUGUCUAAUUGAGCUUUGUUCUUUCUGGUGACCAGCCCCCAUCCUGAAGCUUCCUUGAGGCCACCAGACAUCAAUCAACUCAUUAGCAUACAAAAAGACAACUCUGAGGAUUUUAGGAGUUCUAUGCCAGGAAACAGUGUCGAGGACCAAAUAACAUUCCACAAUAUCUCAGGAUUUGAAAGUAUUCUUGAAGGGCUGUUUGGACCUGCAUUAUUAAAAGAUCUCAGUUUAUUUAAAGCCCAUGAACCUGAAAGCAUUUCUGAUUGGACUUUUGAUGAAAAUUGUCUGUUCUGUUGCUUGAGAAGAGAUAAAGUAAAGGGACACUUAGUCGGUCUGGAUGAACCAGCUUCGGGAGCUGGGCAAGAAGCUCUGCUUAAACAAGAGCAAGCAAAAAUCAUUCGAUUCGAGAGACAAGCAGAGGAGUUCCUCAAUGCAGUCUUUUAUAGAAAAGACAGUCCCUGGGUCUCCGACCCCAAUAUUCCCCUAGUGGCCCGUGAGAUCAUGCAGCGAAUGAUCCAACAAUUUGCUGCUGAAUAUACCUCAAAAAAUAGCUCUACUCAGGACCCCAGCCAGCCCAAUAGCACAAAGAACCAAAGCCUGCCGAAAGCAUCUCCAGUCACCACCUCUCCCACGGCUGCAACUACUCAGAACCCUGUGCUCAGCAAACUUCUCAUGGCUGACCAAGACUCACCUCUGGACCUUACUGUCAGAAAGUCUCAGUCAGAACCUAGUGAACAAGACGGUGUACUUGAUCUGUCCACUAAGAAAAGUCCAUGUGCUGGCAGCACUUCCCUGAGCCAUUCUCCAGGCUGCUCCAGUACUCAAGGGAACGGUGAGAACUCUACAGAGGCAAUAGCAGUAGAUUCUAACAAUCAGUCGAAGUCCCCUCUGGAGAAGUUUAUGGUCAAACUGUGCACUCAUCAUCAAAAGCAAUUCAUUCGUGUUCUAAACGACCUGUACGCUGAAUCUCAGCCUGGCCCUGAGGACCUGCAGCUUUCUGAUUCUGGAGCAAUGGAUAUGUCCACCUGCAAUGCUGGCUGUGCCCAGAUAAACACCAGCCAUAAGGAAAAAGAUGCUCUGUGUCUCGAUAUGAAGUCUCCUACUUCUGUAGAUCCGUUUGUAGACUCAUCAGGCUCUCACAGCCCUCUACAGUUGACAGAACAGACCCCGAAGGAGCCUCCUCCUGAGACAAACUCUGUAGAUGGAAGAGAGAAUGCCUUGACUAUUGUCCAGGAAGAUUCCUCUGAACUUCCAACCACUAAAACUAAUUCUGGCAGUUCAACGGAUAGUUCUACCCUGGGAUACCUCACUACAUCUAAUUCUUCCUCAUCGAACUUCCACCACAUCUCUAAAAGCGUGGAGGAGCAAACCACGGGACAGGAGCAAGACACAAAUGUGAAAAUCUGUGAAGAUGGUAAAGAUAAUAUGCAGAGCUCAGCUUUGGUAGAAAGUCUAAUGACAGUGAAAGUGACUGCUGAGAAUAGUGAGGAGGGCAACAGCUGUGUUGUUUCUCAAAGAAAUUCAUUCAGAGCUUUAUCAGAAGAGGCUUGGGACUCAGGGUUUAUGGAGAACUCACCUAGAACUGCUGACAAAGAGAACACUUUACAGUGUAGCUCAAAAACACCUUUGUGCCAGGAUUUAGAGGCAAAUGAACAAGAUGCAAGGCCAAAGCAAGAGAACCAUCUUCACCCAGUAGUAAGAAAUAAGGUGGGUUAUCAUUUACACCCCAGUGAUAAGGGCCAGUUUGAUCAUUCCAAAGAUGGUUGGUUAGCCCCCAGCCCUAUGCCAGCUGUCCACAAAGCAUCUAAUGGACAUUCACGAACCAAGAUGAUAUCAACUUCCAUUAAGACAGCUCGGAAAAGCAAAAGGGCAUCAGGGUUGAGAAUAAAUGAUUAUGAUAACCAGUGUGAUGUUGUUUAUAUCAGUCAACCAAUAACAGAAUGCCACUUUGAGAAUCAAAGAUCAAUACUAUGUUCUCGGAAAACAGCCAGAAAGAGUACCAGAGGAUACUUUUUCAAUGGUGAUUGUUGUGAGCUGCCAACUGUUCGCACACUGGCUAGAAAUUUAUACUCCCAGGAAAAAGCAGGCUGCUCAACAUUGGCAUCAGAGGCAGUGGUCACUCCCAAGCAGACCCUUACAAUUUCAACCCUUAACCAUACAGUAGAUGUGCAGCUUCCCAGAGAAGACAACACUGAAGAACCUAGUAAUGAAGUAACCUCCCUCAAGGAAGGAGGCAGAGACGUUUCAUCUGAAAAAGAAUUUCAAGAGCCUGAGGUUUGCCCCGUAAUUAAUGAACUGAGUCCAAGCAGCUCCCCUCGGUCAAAGGAGACAACAGCCUCAGACCUCGUGUGUCCUCCACCUGCUCACCUUCCUGAAGAGAACAUGCCAGAAGGCAGUUCCACCAUCUCAGCUCCCACAGCAAGUGGGAUGUCGUCUCCUGAACCAGACCAACAACCAGUUGCACUGCUGGAUACAGAGGAGACGAGUGUACCCCAAGACUGUCCCCUUAUUCUCUCUACUGAAAGCAUUUCUGGGGGAGGCAGUGAAGAUGUCUCUGGGCCUCAUUCUUCUCCUGAAACAGUCAGUAGAGAAGAAAAUCCUCUGUGCUCAGAAAGUCAAAGUCCCCCAGUGGUCUUGGAGCCUCCUGUGAGCCUGGGACAGGCUGAGGACGACCAGACCAUCGGUACCGAGGCUGAGACUAGAGACACUCAGGAGCUGGACACCAACCCACUGUUGAAGGAAAGCAGCACUUUUACUAAUGAAAACCCCAGUGAAAUGGAAGAAAGUGAGGCAGCGGGUAGUACAGGAAAAUCAGAAGAAGACACUGAUGAAAAAUGUCCAUCAGAAAAAGAUAUGUGUGAUCCAGACAUUGACUCAUCUGAUGAGAAUUUGGAGAAGAAGAAAAAAGGUAAAAAACUCCCUGAGGCCUCUGAUAGGUGCCUAAGAAGUCAACUUUUAGAUUCUUCCUCUGCCGAUAGGUGCCUAAGAAAUCAAAGUUCAGAUUCUUUCUCUGCUUGUCCUGAGCUCGAGGUUUCUAAAAAUCCUGGUGCAAAAUGUUCUCAAAAAGAAGAGCAGCCUGGUGGGACGACCCCUGAGGGCUCUCCAACCGAGAGUUUCCAAGCAGAAGCGCCAGACGACACUGAAAACCCAACUGUCAGUGAAAACCCAGUGUCAAUCCCAAAUCCUGAGAAGGAUGCUGAGGACGAGGACGAAGGAGGCAGGGUCAUCACCAGGCAGACUCUUAAAAACAUUCUGGCAAAAGAAGUCAAGGGGGAAGAAGGGUCAAUUUCCCCCAGCAGUGACCCUGUAACCACAGUUGGCCAGCCGCUGCCUGGAGAGAAACUAGAAAUCUAUGUUCAGUCUAAGGGAGAUGAGAAAAAUACCUGUGUCUCCUCAGAAAGUAGCCCUUGCGUGAGGGACCCAGAACAAACAAAAGAGAAGCCAGAACACGUCCCUGCACCGGCCGCAGAGGAGGUUACGAAUGAGGCAGACAGGGAGGACACCCAGCGUAAAGAUGAUGACCGCGACGCCCCAUCCAACUUGCUUGGGUCAUCGAGCAGUGGAAGUGGUGAUGCUGCUGAGCCGCCAAAACUGGUACCAAGGCCCAAAAGGUUGGUAUCUUCAACCUACAACCUCAGACAUGCUCAUUCUCCAGAUCCCUUGGAUGUUACAAAAGUGACUGCAGAAAAGGAAGCCGCACAAGUCAACCCAUUGCCAAAGGAACGUGAAGCUCCAGAGAGCAGCGACCCCCUAGAUGAGGAUGAUGCUGACACAGUGGUAGAUGAACAGCCAAAGUUUGUGGAGUGGUGUGCUGAGGAGGAGAACCAAGAGCUAAUCGCCAACUUCAAUGCCCAGUACAUGAAAGUCCAGAAGGGCUGGAUCCAAUUGGAGAAGGAAGUACAGCCAACACCAAGGGCAAGGAACAAGUCAGAUAAACUGAAGGAGAUUUGGAAGAGCAAGAAAAGGUCACGAAAAUGUAGAGGUUCGUUGGAAGUUCAGAAGUUCUCUCCUGUUCAGAUGCUGUUUAUGACAAACUUUAAAUUAUCUAAUGUUUGUAAGUGGUUCUUAGAGACAACUGAAACCCGGUCUCUAGUCAUUGUGAAGAAGCUCAAUACUCGUCUUCCAGGAGACAUCCCGCCUGUCAAGCAUCCUCUUCAGAAGUACGCUCCUUCCAGCCUGUAUCCCAGUUCGCUGCAGGCUGAACGCUUGAAAAAGCACUUGAAGAAAUUUCCUGGAGCUACUCCUGCUAGGAAUAAUUGGAAAACGCAGAAACUCUGGGCUAAAUUUCGAGAGAAUCCUGACCAAGUGGAGCCAGAGGAUGGCAGCGAUGUCAGCCUCAGCCGUAAUUCUGAGGACAGUGCAGAGGAAGCCAAGGAAGAUAGAGGUAGCCAUCCUCCCACAAACCUGCCCACUCCAGCUAGCACCCGGAUCCUUAGAAAAUACUCCAAUAUUCGAGGAAAGCUCAGAGCCCAGCAGCGUCUGAUCAAGAAUGAAAAAAUGGAAAGCCCAUUUGGUCUGGCUGUAGAAAGUAAACAGAGUCGUAAGAGCGUAUGCAUCAACCCUCUGAUGUCCCCCAAGCUUGCCCUGCAAGUGAAUGCGGAUGGAUUUCCUGUUAAGCCCAAGAGUACUGAAGGAAUGAAGGGAAAGAAAGGGAAGCAGACCUCUGAAAUCUUGCCUAAAGCAGAAGUUCAGAGUAAACGCAAGAGAACAGACAGCAGUAACCCUCAGGACAAUAAGGACAAGGGUCCUGCGGUGAAAGCAAGCAAAGAAAAGCAUGUUGACAGAGCCACCAAAACCUCUGCUGCCAAGAGGCCAGCUGCAAGGGACAGAAUCAGCCAACUGCCCAAAAAGAUGUCUUUGAAAGAGAAUAAAGUGAAGAUCCCUAAAAAGUCCCCUGGGAAGAGCUGCCCUUCCUCCAGGAAAGAAAAAGAAAAUACAAACAAAAGACCUGCCCAGCCCACCGCCUCAGAAACAUUGACAAAACCUGCCAAGCAAAAAGGGGCCAGCGAAUCCUCUUCCAGGCCCCAGAAAGCCACCAACAGAAAGCAGAGCAGUGGAAAGACGAGGGCCAGACCCUUGCCGAAAACCCCAGAGAGCAGUGCGGCCCAGAGGAAGCGCAAGCUGAAGGCGAAGCUGGACUCUUCCCGCAGCAAAAGGAGGCGGCUGGACACAAAGUGAUUGGAGGGUAGCCAAGGGGAAAACUGUUCCAUAGACGUAACCUUUAUUUUGCAUUAACUAAAUCUGCUUUUAUAAGCUCAUCAAGCCUUUCAAAUCUACAGUUCACAGAGAACACCGCAAUUUGAGAUGUCAGAAAAUGCGUCUCAGAUGGAGAAGGGAACUUGCAGAGUCCUUCUCUGAGGCUGAGUAAGGGAAGUUAUAUAUUAUAUUCUGGUUGUUCCUUGGGUUUUAAACUUGGAACCAAGCAGUUUUCGUUUUUAAAAGUACAGUGCCUUAUUUAUCCUUUUUGUUUUUAAAUUUACAAAAGCUAAAAAGCUGAUCUAUGUGAUUAAAGGCUUGUAUUUUAUACUUGAUGCACAAGCACUUGUACUGUAGCCGAGAAGACCACCAUCAUGCACAUAAAAGGAGCUUUUCAGCAGCCACCCUGAAGUAUCUGUCCAUGAACAGACGCCCCUCUUUGCAAACCCCAGCAGUGAACUUCCCUCUCUGUCUUGUUUGUUUGUUUAAAUGAUAUUUGAAAGCUAAACCAAAUCAUUAUGGUAUGUGGAAAAUGCAGAAGAUUUAUAAUUAUUAUAAAAGAUUAAUAUUUCUGUUAUCCCCUCCUUUAAAAAAAUCAUAGUCAUUGUUGGUCAUUCCCCUCACCUUUGAUCUUUUGUCAUUUGAGAACAUGUACUCUAAAUUAUGUGCCCAUGGGACAAGAGGUAUGUCACAAGUAUUAAUUUUGGUUUAUUGACCUCUAAAAAUUAUUUGCAUCCCCAAUUGUAUUACUGAUUUCCACCACCCUCUUCAUUUUUGGCCUUGCAAGCUUGCUAGCACUCUAAUGAGGUUUCCAUCCUACAUUGGGGAAAAAAAUGUAGGAUUUUUUUUUUUAUCUUGUAGCUGUAAUUUGAUGAUUAGGAUGUAAAUGACUGUUCUUAUUUUCUUUCUUAUCCCACAGUACUUCCAUAUUCAAAGAAAGCCAAAACGUUAUUUCUAAUAAGAGAAAAGUUUAAGUGUGUGUGUGCACACAUGUGUUUGGGUACAUUUGCAUGCGGUUAUCAGCCACAAAUGUCUCCCAAUCCAAGUUUUACAGUAAAAUUCUUUCUUCCCCAUGCAGUGUUUUAGGGUGUCCAUGAGCUAAGUAAGCACAGGACAGAUGGUUUUAAAAUGGCCCAGUGUCUCUGUGAGCAUCCCCGGUACCACUUUGACACCAGACUCAGAAAGGUCCAAACAGCACAAAGUUAUGGAAAGGUCAGAGCAACCUUGCUUCUGGAGGAAGCAGCCCCAGCAUCUCCGAGGGGGCCCACACACCCCUACACGCGGAACUGAUGGUCAGCUGGUGUGCUGCAAUGAGAAUGUCCUUGUUUGGAGUGGGUGUCCGUUGGAAUGGAUUAGUGCCAUCCCAGUAGUUAAAUGCUUUGUAGUAUCACUCCUGCCCAUAUCGUGUCAGCCUCCAUCCCAUGGCUCAGAAGUGAGAACUGCAGUAUUUGUAAUUGAUGUUGUUUGCCUUUCCUGGGUGAAGCCUGAGACAGGCACGUUGGUUUUAACUUAGUGCCUGUGAUGUUGGUACGUUCUAACUCGGUGUGUACUUGACAUCUCCAUUGGGCUGCUCUGCAAAAAAAGACUUGGUUAUUAAGGCCUCAGCCAACUUCUUUAACCUGUUCUGCUAUCAAAAUCAGCUUGUAUGGACAGCUGCUGCCCUUUUUUAUUAAAAAGUUCUCCAUUUAGGUUGUUUCACAUCUCUUUAGAUAAAGCCAGAUGGACUUUUUUUUAUUCAAAUCAUGAUAAAACAGGCCUUCUACCCAUUCUGUUCAAGGUUUGCUGUAUAUAAUGGAAACUUAUGAUUGGAUAGGACUGGACAAAAGCAUUUGAUUCAUGAGAAGUUUAGAAUUGUGUUGAAUUUCAUGGACAGUGAAGCUUACUAUCUUGAAUGAAGUCCUGAUUUUUUUUUAUGUCUCCUCUAUAUCCCAUUAAGUGUUGUUUUUUUUUUGUUUUGUUUUGUUUUUUCUUUUUAAUGUCUUUGACUUUGGCUAUUCAAGAGCUACCUAUCUUAAUGAAACUGCUGAGUGUGUAUGUUGGCAACCUUUCCUCAGCAUUAAGUUGCACAAAAGCAUUAAUAUGUUUUGAGUUGGUUCAUUUAAUCUUAAAAAAAUGGUUUUAAGGUUAAAAAAAUCUUUUCAUAUAGUUGUCACUGGAUAUUGUUUUUGUGGUGACUUAAACAGCUGGUGUUUGCCAAUGUCCGAUGUGCUGAUUCCUGUACAUAAGAGGUACCCUCUUGGCUGCAUAUAGACUACCUUGUAAGGUGCUUGGAUUAGGUUAGGGAGAGGUGUAAGAUAGUAAGUGGGUGGAACUUUUCCAGUUCCAAGUUUAUAAUUCAUUCCAUUACUUUCCUAAGUCCUUUUUCAUUUUUCAAAACUUACUUCAAGAUAAUAGCUAGACUACAAAUGAGAAAAGGUAUCAAUGUGUAUGUAUUUAUUUUAUACACCUAACAAUGCAAUGGAUCAUCUUUAAAAUCUACUUACACUAUAUAAUAGUGACAGUUAAAUAGACUGAGAUUCUACAUAAUUAGGACACUUAAAAGUUUAGAAUUAUUUUGAUAUUUGUUGAAUCUCGUUUUUGCUAAUUCAGUUAAUUUUGCUAAUAGAAGAAAAAACGAAAACAAACCUUGAGGGCCAACUCUGAAAGGCCCUUUCAGAGCAUCUGCUAUAGGUGUAAACUGGUAAAGCAGUUUCCCAGACACCUCCAAGUCCAGGCUUGGUAUUGAGUCAAGUCUCCCGUUGUUUUCCUUCCCUUGCAAAGACCUCCUUCCUAGAGCCAUCUUCAAAUAUGGCUUACCACCAGGAGCAAAUGCAGUCUACCCCACAUUCCCAUUCCAUAUCAGAAAGGAAUUCUGCUCCUGGGCCUACACCCAGGGAAGUGACUGUUCCAAUGUUGGAGCUGAGUUGAUGACCAAAGGACACUGGUAUUCCCUUUGAGUUUCAGGGAGCUAGAAGAUGCCUGGGAAGCAAUCACUGAAUUGUUAUCAUAGCUUCCCCGGAGCUGGGCCUCUUCAGGAGACUGAUGUUCUAUCCCAUGAUGCUCUGUGGGUGUGGGAGACAAUACAGAGACCACUCCGUCAUUUGGGGUUCUGAGCCUCACCCCUGGCACUUGCUCAGAUGUGUAGCAAUCUCGCAGUGUAGCUGGAAGGCCACGUACCUUUCUUCUGCUCCUGAGGCUGCCUGUAUAGGAAUGUUAUUCAAGUCUGUUAAUCAGCAGUCGCUAGCCCCUUGGAUUCCUUAUUAAAGACUUUGUUGUAGCCUGUCUCAAACAGUAAUCUUCAGCUGUGGUUUUCAUACCUAUAAUAGCAUGGAUAGAAGAGGUGCACCAAGUCAUCCCUUCACAUACGUGGUGCUUUCUAAUGGGAUCCUCUGUGCAUCACAUACUGUGCAGGCAGGUUUCUCACUGUUCAGAUAGGGCAUCAGUAGAAGGCAUUGCUUAAAGACAGUUAACUCUGUAUUGAGGUUUGGCCUCUUUUCUGCCUGCUUUAUGGUAGAUUCUGUGGUGAGAGUGGAAGCUGUCACUCAUUUAUGGCCAGCAUUCCUAUUGAUUAGUGGACCUACAAGUCAAGUAGGAAAAGAUAAUGUGCUCUGUGAUGCAAGUUGGAGAUACUAUAGUGUUGCCAUCAGCAAGUCUGGGUCUUGUCACAACACCCAGGACUGGGCUGGAAUAUUCAAGGUGCUGGCCAGUGGCCCAGGGAGACACACCGGCUCCUUUUAGUUUGAGGUCAGCCUCUGUAGGCUCCCUUUUGGCUUCCAGAUAAUCUAUCAAGGGUCUGCAAACUGUGGGCUGGUCACUUGUUUGUGUAAAUAAAAUUUUAUUGAAAUAUAGCCACACCCAUUUGCUUAUGUAUCGUCUAUGGCUGCUUUCACGCUACAAGGGCUGAGUUGAGAGUUGAGUAGUUGGCCCACAAAGCCUAAAAUAUUUACUAUCUGGACCUAAAAGUCUGCUGGUCCCUGCUUAAGAAAAUAAUCCUCUUUCAGGAAUAAAUCUUCUCUGCUUUUUCUUUUUCUAUUUCUUUUUCUAAACUCUGUCCUCUUCCGCUUCCUCUUUGUUCCAAUUUUGUUCUUUUUUUUUACAUUGCUUUAUUUCCUCUUGCUACAAAGGAGACAUGUUAUACUGAAGUAGCACAUGGACUACCAUCCCUUACACUUGCACUACCUUAGCAUUGCAUCUUCCUUCAAUCACCCAUCACAGUAGCCAGAAUGAGGCCACCUUAGCCUGUAGAGCCAGAACCCGUGAGCAGAUAGGGGCUCAGACUUCUAAAGUUAUGUGGCUAGGGCUGUCACUCACAUAGCUUUUAAUCAGAACUGAGCCUGGUUUCACUGCUUGUUUAUUAGAAUAAGCAAGACUUUUUUCUGUUAAAAUUAGUUGAGACUACUUUGGUUGGACUUUUAGUCCUCUGAACAUCACAUUUAGAUAUGGAAAAUGUCUUUUCACAGGGUGGAAGCAAAGUCUGGUUGCAAACCCAAAGCAUCAUUUAUUCUUAUAUAAUAUUUUUGGUUGGCUUUUAGGAAAAUAAAACUGUGUUGGCACUGAUAUCUUUUCAGUCAUAUACUUUGAAAAUAAUUUUAUUUCAGUAAGCCAACAAAUAAAAAAUAGAGGCUUUUGAAGUGCUUUAGAGAGAAUGAUAAAAAUUGGAACACAUUAUGACCUGAGUGUGGCUGAGAAGUUCUGGAUUAUAUCUUUAGAUCAAAUCCAGUCAACUUCCAAGGUAUCAAUCUUCCCCCUACCCAAAACUCAAAGAUAAGUUUCUAUGCUGUUUUUCAAAAUGAAGUUGAAUGUCAUGUCAGUGAAAAAAUGUCUGUCAUUGGCCCCAAAGCACUGAUUGUUUCACUUGUUUUGAAACAGGUAAUUAUUUUGAAUUCCUAGAUAUUACUUGUAUGUCUUAAUAUGGCUUAAUAGCCAUUAAAAUACUGGAAAUUUUUAAAGUAUGAAAUCGUGUCUAUGUAUAUCACAUGGGCAAGGCAGUCUUCAUAGCUUAGCAGUAAGUAUUCUUCCCAUGCUUGCUCUCAAGUCCUUUUCAGGGGAAAAAAAUAAAAGGUAUUUAAAACAAGCAGAAUUAUGGGAAGCCUUUUGAGACAGCCUGCAGUAUCAUUUAUCCCUUGAAACAUCAGAACAGAGUCCUGUAUCCUACAACGGACAGAUUAGACGAUGUAAUGGUCUGACCUCCUUCCUUUAGAGAUAAGCGUACUCGGGCAGAAACCCAGAGCUCUCAGGGCUUUGCUGUGCUGUCCUGGGGCCCUGGGACCCACCCUGGGCACUUUAUGAAUGGUGUCCUUACUCAGGCUUUUGCCCUUGGUAUUGUAGCAAGGAUGGCCAGUUCCUUCCAUUGCCUCCUGUCUGUCUGAUGCUUCCUUUUCCCAGAGCCUUGGUGGUUGAUGCUCAGAGCUCAGGAAACGUCGUUUGCUCCACCGUCAAAGGGGCAGUUGUGCAGUCAUGCUGCCCGACACAUACAACACACGGCUUUCGCACCAGACUGGGACCAUCCCAUGUAACAUAGGUGCUCAGUGUGCAAGCCUCAUGGAAGCAUAGAUUGCCUAUUUUUAAAAAAAUAACCAGGUACUCAUGAUAUUAUAAUAUGCCAGGGGUUGGAUUAGUGGAUUUACCUUUUCUAAAAGGCUUACGUAAAAAACUAAAAUAAAAUUAACAGAGACCUUAUGUGGCCCACGCAACCUAAAAUAUUUACUACCUGACCCUUUGCAGAAAAAGUUUACUGAUCCUUGCAGUAGUCAUUCAAAAUCAAAUGGUGUGGACAGUUAGGCACGGAUCUUUUUGUUCACGUGGUUCAGCAUUGCAAGCAUUCUAAAUUUUAGAGUGUCUUGCCUGCUCAUCUCAGUGCACAGCUGCUGUUGCACAUCAUUCCUGAGUAACGCUUGUUCGUUUAAAAAAUAUAUCUCCUCCUUUGCUGAUUGACUGCUGAUGAAUUGUGUGCAUGUGAUUAUACUUACUAGGAUAUGUAAUUAAAACCAAAAGUACAAAGUCCUUUAAACUAAAAGUAUAGUCAUCCUCAUUUUUUAUGAAUCAGAGUGAACUCGACUCUGGUGGAGAGACAUUCCACUACAGCAGUGCCCAACACACGUGACUUACUAGUGAACUUAAAGCUUAGAAUAGUGAGUGCCUCUCCCCAAAAGCACAGGGUGUGUUAGUUUUUUACCCCAAGAGCCCUUCACUUCUCUUUUGUAUCUAGUAUAUUUGCAAGUUUAUCGCUCUCUAAGCCCUGGUCAUUGCUUGUGAACAUAAAUGGCUGGCCUUUGCCUGUUUGAACCUCAAGUCCAGUCCCCAUGUUGUCUUAAACACACCAGCAUGGCGGUGGCACCUUGUCAGCACCAGCAGCUUCACACCGAGCCAGUUAAGGACUGUCCUGCGUCCCCUGCUCAUUUUGAGGAGCCAUCCUUGGUACCUUCCCUAACUCUUCCCUUCUGCCACCAGCUCCCUUCCAGGAGGCAUCUUCUCUGGGACGGCCCCCCUCCUCCCAAGCACUUCCCUGAAAACACGUAUGUCACGUUAGAAGCAUUUUUCUCUUCCAAACUCUGUAUCUUACUUCUCCCGGUAUUUAGCCAUUUGGGUCCAAAUGCUGUUCAAUUUAUCAGCUUUUCACCCCAGUUUUCUAUGAUCUGCACCUCAUAUUUGUCUUGUAGCUACAGCUGCAGUAUCUGGGAGUUAGUUUGUGGGAAAGAAACUAUACAAACAAGAUUUGCAUAAUUUUGUAUAUUUAUACCACAGGUAGGGAUUAUUUUUAGAGCCACUAUAGCUUAAGGUUAUUGAUUUCACUAGUGGUCUCUGCAUUCUAAAUAGUUCUUGGAGACUGUGUUAGUGACUGUGGUUCUUGAUACAUAUAUAAUAUUUAUACACACCACUGUGGAAUUUAUUUCACUGUGUAAAUAGUGAUAUUUUCCUGUUCAAAUGCUUCUAUAGAAAGUAUUUAUUUUAACAAGAAAAUUAACUGUCAAAAGGGCUUUCAAAAAAAAUGUUCUUUCUAGCCACCCAUCCUUUCCAGCGACCAUGCUCAGCUAAUCAGCCCCCAAACAACACAGUGAAGGCAAAAGGAUGUGGCCUUGAAACCCUUGCUGUAUUUGGGCAGAUGUGAGUGAGCGCAUUGUCCCACUGUCACCCUGUCCCAGAGCAAGGUGGGACUCCUAUAGGAGGUGUGGCUGUGCCAGGCAUGGCAUCAGGGCUUGCGUCGCACAGCCCACUUCUUGCAAGCACAGCUGGUACACUCUAACAGCCUGUGCAGGGAAAUGAGCCUUAGUUGUAGCCCCAAGGAAAUCCAAAUCCAUACCUGUGAGAUAUGGAGAAACCACUGGUUGCCUAAAGAAAGUGUUAAGGUGUGUGUCUAGUCUCUCCUUUGUGAAAGGCACCUGUUCGCACUCGCAUUAACCAUGGGAGAUAAGCAUGUUUUCUGCACCUUGACGAUAUUCGUGAGUGCCCUAGUAGCUCUCCUCUUCCUCCUCCUCCUCCUCCUCCUCCUCUUCUUCUUCCUCCUCCUCCUCCUCCUCUUCCUCCUCCUCUCUCCCUGUCUCAGCAAGCCUCUGUGCAGAUGUGGGCCGGUGCCUCUGUAACUGGUGAUUACAGAAUGAGACCGUCUGUUCUAAGAUGUGGUCGGCUUUACUUCUCAGGAGUCCUGGCCUGUAGUUCAGAGCACCCCUAGGUGAAACAGAACCAGUGCUCUCUGAUUAUGUUCCUCCUUCCUGGGCACCCGUGUCUGAGUCACGUUCCUCAUUGUGCUUGGCUGGCUGGACUGAAAACUGCAACUCUGGGACUACAGAACUACAUGGAGCUUUGGACUAGGCUCACAUAGGGUUUUGUCACCCAUUUGAACCAUAAUUUGCAUAUUUCCUUAUGGCCUUCCUUUGUCUUUUCUAAACAAAUGAUGAGGACACUUGAAGAGUAAUGCUGGAGAAUGUUUUCUAAGAUAUUAUUUGUAAGCAAAUCUGCUUUUAAGGUGAAAUGUGAAUGGGUAACUAGGUGCCAGGGAAUUUAGCACUGAACUAGACAGUCAAAACUUUUGUAACUUUGCAGGAAGAAAUGUUAAUAAAUUUUGCUCUCAUCUAAAUGUUCACAAGAAGUAAUGUAAAUAGUUUUCUAAAAAUAUUUAUUACAUGUGCUGUAUACAGAUUCAUGUUCUGAGUGAUGUUGGUUUGCAUUGUAGUAUUGUAGAAGAAUAUAUUUUGAGCAGUGGACUUCCUUUCAUAACACAGUUCACACAUGGAGAAAGAACAAAAACCAGCAGGUUGAGAGCUGUUUGGGGUGUUUGAUCUGUAAUGUUACAUCAAAUCUAAGCUUUAACUGCCCCCUCUUCUCAUCUGGUUAUGUUAUAUAUUAUAUAUAUAUACAGAUGUAUGAUAAACUGGUCAGUGGUCAGUACCCAGAUCUGCAGAGCAGAUUUCCAGGUGUUCUUUCUGAUAUGUUGCCCAUAAGCAAUAAGAUCCUAGAUGAUUACAUUUAUUCUGGGCCCACAUUGGCCCUUGUCUCAGAGGAUAGGGUGGGGGUAGAACAGCUCUUGCUAAGACCUCUUGCCUUUGCUGGAGAGGUUGCUGUACUUGAAUUUUUGCUUCUGUUUAUCUGCACGCUCCUUCACGUCAUAGAACUCUAGCAAUAGAUGCGAAAUCUACCAGCACUAGACACAUCAAAAUUGGGCAUAUAGAAUGAAAAAUUAGCAAUUUUCCAUGAAUUGGUAGGGUUUUCAGAGUCAACUAGAGGCAAUGCUCAUUUGGCUAUAGAGUAAGUGUAAGAACUUUUUACAUUAGAAAUUUAAGUGGCCAGUUAAAUGCCCUUUGGCUAUAUUUGACCUACCUUUAAAAGCUAGCCCAUUUCCUGUAAGCCUCCCCUGUGUCUGGACUUAAAAUGCCUAAAACCCCCUUUGUGUCUGGGGUUAAACCAUUUAGGUCAGUAUAAAGAUGGCAGUCACUCUUCCAUUCUCCCAGCGUGUCUAGUUCAACAGAUUUCUAAAGCUGUUUAGCAGCCUCUCCUUGUGACCGUCCUAAACUUUGUGAAAAAUAAAUACCCCACACCCAGAUAACCAUUAAUAGAAGUAAUGUAGUUUUUUAGACUUUUGGAAUAUGUCUUCUCUUUUGUAUUUAUGAUGGUGUUUGGAAUUUUUCACUAGUGUUUUUUUAGAUUGAAGUGGGUGCAUUAGGAUGCAACUUUCCAUUGCUGAGCCCAAAAGCAAGCAAGAGGAAAGAAAUUGACCUAUAUUGUAUCAUUGGGGAGGUGACUACUUCUUGUAGUGGGGUGGGGGAGGGGCAUUGUAUAUUAUGUGGGGGUAAAAUAGAAUUCUGGCCUGAGGCUCCCCAAGUCCUUGUAUUAAAAAUCCCCUUAUUAGCCUCACUUAAUCUCAAUAGAAGCCUGCUGUUUACCCUCAGGGAACAAGUAGUUUUCAAAAUUGAGCUCCUCCAAGGUCAUUGGCCAAUGUCUGUGUGGAAGCAUUGGUCAUCUUUGUGAACUCAUGGCAUUAUUUUCCCAUAUACAUUAUGGUAUUAAGAAAUUCAACCCCAACCUGUAUGAAAAGCACAGCCCAGGGUCCUAAUUUAGGCUAGAGUUAAUGCCUUUGAGGGGCCAGGGAGUCAUAGGAGGCCCUUGCAAUUUAACUGAAGCUCAGGUGCCAUGUUGGAUUUUUAUUCUUUUUUAGGCCACGACCCUUCUGAACGCAUUUAGGGCAGGGGCUGCUGAUCCAGCUGUGGAUUCAGGGAGCUCUAACAUGAAUCUCUACCGUUCCUUUAAAAGUCUUUCUGGUUCCUCCCAGUGUUGUCAUUGCCGAGGUCAAUCUCGUAGUUGUUCAGAUGUGCUCCUUUUUGCUGUCUUGUGAGUCUUAGCUAGUGAUCCAGACGCCAAGGACAGGGGCCUCUGGGAGGCCCUAGCCCCGCUCCUGGUACCAAGUCUGUGCCCCUGGCCUGCGUGCAGGUGGUCUUUCCGAGAGCAGUGACAUGAGAAGUUCUGCAGAUGGUGACCCGGAAGAUCAGUGUGUAUCUCUUGGGCCUGGAUCUCCACUAUGUUAGCGAGUGUAGGAAUAUACUGUGUCUUUAAUGGAUGAAAAUUCAAUGUAUGCUGUGAAUUUGUUGGUUUGAAACAUUGAAAAUUUUUCAUUAGACAAUGUUUACAUACCUCACCUGAAGAACCUUUGAGAGUGUAUAUAUGAAAUUUAAAGAUAUAUUAAGUUGCUUUAAAACAAUAAUGUAUAGCUAUAAAAGUUGGAGUUAUUUUAACUUUGAAUAUGUACCAAGUCUCUUAAAUAUUGAAUCCUGUAGACUUUUUGUGCUUCUGUGUUUUACUUUCCUAUUGGUCCAUGUAGGAAACUGUGUUAUUGGUAAAGGGGCCCUCGCUGAAAUCCAAGCUUGGAAGGAUUUCCUGUGUCGUUUCAGAUUCUCCUGUUUGGUUUUGAGGGAUGGGAUGUGGAGCCAGAGGAGGUGUGGGAGGGGAUUCUCUAGCGUUGACAUCUAUUCCAUGAGCUUUUCCAAGGCGCUUAUUUUAUUGCAGCAUAUUAAACUUCUUUGAUA